AUGUCGCAAACGGCGCGCAACUACCCCCCCGACAACUACAAAACACCCUCGUUUCCCAGCAUCAACUGGCAGAUUAGGGACCUGACGGACGACCACCGCUGGAGCCUCUUCCACAUCAGUGACAUCUGGCGCUUCACUGUGCUAUGGACCAUCAUCAUCUACUCGGUCGUGCACCUCGGCGCCGCGGCCAUCACCAUCGCCAUGCACACCAAUAAGCGGGGGUCGCUGACGUAUCUCUGGGCCGUGCCGCUGCUGUACCUCAUCGUGUCCGGCGUGCAAGCGCUGGUCGCAGGCAGCGUCGUCGGGCUCAUCCUCGGCGCGGUCUACAACUCCGGUUUCUUUUCCAUGUCGACCUGGAUUCCACUGCUCUGGGGCAUCAUCAACGUCCUGGUCCUCAUCAUUGCGUCCUUCACCAUCCAGGGUGGUCUAUGA